AUGACUGUGGUGGUGACUCCCCCAGAUGGCUACCUCACCAGCAGGAGCAAUGUACACUGCAGCAAAGCUGGGGAUGGCUGGUUGGAGCCUGCAGCCCCAUCCAAGGGCCCAGGUGGCUGGCUGACACUUGAAAAGCUAAAAAGCCCCCCUGCUGCUGAGAUGCCCCCAUUGAUAGCAGCAGCAGGGGUACUGGAUGCUGGUGUGCCACCUGGCACAGUGCUGGGCAGGAUGGCAGUGGCUGCAGCUGGCAAAAUUGCCCCUCUGCCAAGGCAAGUGCCCCAGGAGGCUAGUCAUCAUUCUCGAUCAUCCUUCUGUCAGUUGGGAGCUUUGAACUUCCUUCUCUUCAGCAAGAUGAGUAUUUGGAGGAUUGCAGAGGGCUUACAAAAGAAUUGGGGACACCUUCACAGAACUGGGUUGGAGGCCUGGACCCACUGUCAGGAUAUUUUAUUCCCACGGAUACAAGCUUUCACUCUGGAAGCCUGGCUUGCUUACUCAGCACCCUUGCCAUCGAACUGCAACCAGCUGCUGUCCUUAUUUCUGAUGUGCUGUUGCAUUGCUGUGUCAAUAGGAGGCCUCUUCCAUUGCUGGAUGUUCUCCUCGUUGCAGUAUUCUUUCCAAUUUUCUGCCACAACUGCCGCCGCCCUUGGUCUUCUUGCCUUGUUCAUCCUUUUCUUGGUGCACCCUGUUCGUUGCAUGUUCACGAUGAUGGUGCCUACGUUAGGGACCAAGCAAGGGCGGAGACUUCUUCUAUCGGCAUGCUUCAUGAUUGUCGCAGCCAACAUCGUCCCCAACAUCAUGAGCAACAUCCAAGCCAUUCUACAAGUUAUUAAAUGCAUCUGCAAGAAAUCCUCUGAGAGCCUUCUUUUCUCAACCCAUCUGCUGGGAAAUGCUUCUUGGGAUUUCAGCCACUAUCUCAAAGGGGUAAUCGACUAUAUGCCGAACCAAAUAGCGAAACCCAGAGACGGCCAUAUGCAGUUUGAAACACACAAUAACAGCUUCCUGCUGAAUCGGAAAAUGAUUGACGCUAGUCAAGGGAUCAAGGAUGAUUUCUCACAUGUUGAAAUGCUGGCCAAAAAGGUCACGCUGUUGUCCAACCGGGUCAUUGCUGGCUUCUUCCUCUUCUACUUGAUUUUCAAAUCGGCUUGGUACCUGAAGAGCUAUCUCACUGACCUCCAGUUUGACAAUAUAUACAUCACCAAAAAGCUAGAAGAUUUGGCUCAGAAAAAUGAAGCCACUCACCUGCUGGUUUGCUCACCUAACAAACUGAUCAAGUCCACUGGUCUCAAACUGACCCGAGAGGAACUCAUGACAUGUUUAAGGAACAUGAUUCUCCUGACGCUAAUGCUGAUACUGACACUAGUGAUUAUAGCAACGGAUUAUAUUGCCUUCCACUUAGCGCAAGCAAUUGUGACUGAAGUCUCUGGGCUCCCUGUUGUGCCAAUUAAAUUCCAGAUAAAAUAUGAUGUGAAACUUACUUGGCUGAAAUUCUGGGGAAAGAUUUUUAAUGAUGCUUUCCCAACAGGACAAUUCAUAUCUCCAUUUGAAAGCAGUUACCACCAGAACUUGACCUUUAUCUCUGCCAACUGCUUCAUGAAAUGGCCAUGCCCUCCAAAUGUAUCUGUGAUCUUUGCAGUCGGACUCCUUUAUUGCAUCAUUUAUGCCAUGAUAUUUCUGGAAACAUACUCGCAUCGGCUGUGCCGAAAAAUCUCAGCCUCCUUUUUUGAGAGCCGGGAAGACCACAGGAUCCACUUUCUGUACCAAAAACUUGUGAAGAAACAUAAGAGAAAGGAGAAAAGGCAAGCGCAGCAGAAACCCACAGGAUUUUGUUAAAAUGUCCUUUUUAUUGGCAUAUAUUAAUA